GUUCUCUAAUGAUCUUGCUUCACCAUGGCUACAAAUAUGGAGGGGCUGGUUCAGCACAGAGUGGGGACCCAGCAGGUGGCUGAGGUAACACGUACACAGACCUCUCGGCCGGAAUCUCCAGGGAUGACCAGCCCCUCCCCACGCAUCCAGAUAAUCUCCACCGACUCUGCUGUAGCCUCACCUCAGCGCAUUCAGGGCUCUGAACCUGCCUCUGGCCCAUUGAGUGUUUUCACCUCUUUGAACAAAGAGAAGAUUGUCACAGACCAGCAGACAGGACAGAAGAUCCAGAUAGUCACCGCAGUGGACGCCUCCGGAUCCCCUAAACAGCAGUUCAUCCUGACCAGCCCAGAUGGAGCUGGAACUGGGAAGGUGAUCCUGGCUUCCCCAGAGACAUCCAGCGCCAAGCAACUCAUAUUUACCACCUCAGACAACCUCGUCCCUGGCAGGAUCCAGAUUGUCACGGAUUCUGCCUCUGUGGAGCGUUUACUGGGGAAGACGGACGUCCAGCGGCCCCAGGUGGUAGAGUACUGUGUGGUCUGUGGCGACAAAGCCUCCGGCCGUCACUAUGGGGCUGUCAGUUGUGAAGGUUGCAAAGGUUUCUUCAAAAGGAGCGUGAGGAAAAAUUUGACCUACAGCUGUCGGAGCAACCAAGACUGCAUCAUCAAUAAACAUCACCGGAACCGCUGUCAGUUUUGCCGGCUGAAAAAAUGCUUAGAGAUGGGCAUGAAAAUGGAAUCCGUACAGAGUGAACGGAAGCCCUUUGAUGUGCAACGGGAGAAACCAAGCAAUUGUGCUGCUUCAACUGAGAAAAUCUAUAUCCGGAAAGACCUGAGAAGUCCCCUGAUAGCCACUCCCACGUUUGUGGCAGACAAAGACGGAGCGAGACAAACAGGUCUUCUUGAUCCAGGAAUGCUUGUGAACAUCCAGCAGCCUUUGAUACGUGAGGAUGGUACAGUUCUUCUGGCCACGGAUUCCAAGGCUGAAACAAGCCAGGGAGCUCUGGGCACACUGGCAAAUGUAGUGACCUCGCUUGCCAACCUAAGUGAAUCUUUGAACAACGGUGACACUUCAGAAAUCCAACCAGAGGACCAGUCUGCAAGUGAGAUUACUCGGGCAUUUGAUACCUUAGCUAAAGCACUUAAUACCACAGACAGCUCCUCCUCUCCAAGCCUGGCAGAUGGGAUAGACACCAGUGGAGGAGGAAGCAUCCACGUCAUCAGCCGAGACCAGUCGACACCCAUCAUUGAGGUUGAAGGCCCCCUCCUUUCAGACACACACGUCACAUUUAAGCUAACAAUGCCCAGCCCAAUGCCAGAGUACCUCAACGUGCACUACAUCUGUGAGUCUGCAUCCCGUCUGCUUUUCCUCUCAAUGCACUGGGCUCGGUCAAUCCCCGCCUUUCAGGCACUUGGGCAGGACUGCAACACCAGCCUGGUGCGGGCCUGCUGGAAUGAGCUCUUCACCCUCGGCCUGGCCCAGUGUGCCCAGGUCAUGAGUCUCUCCACCAUCCUGGCUGCCAUCGUCAACCACCUGCAGAACAGCAUCCAGGAAGAUAAACUUUCUGGUGACCGGAUAAAGCAAGUCAUGGAGCACAUCUGGAAGCUGCAGGAGUUCUGUAACAGCAUGGCGAAGCUGGAUAUAGAUGGCUAUGAGUAUGCAUACCUUAAAGCUAUAGUUCUCUUUAGCCCCGAUCAUCCAGGUUUGACCAGCACAAGCCAGAUUGAAAAAUUCCAAGAAAAGGCACAGAUGGAGUUGCAGGACUAUGUUCAGAAAACCUACUCGGAAGACACCUACCGAUUGGCCCGGAUCCUCGUUCGCCUGCCGGCACUCAGGCUGAUGAGCUCCAACAUAACAGAAGAACUUUUUUUUACUGGCCUCAUUGGCAAUGUUUCGAUAGACAGCAUAAUCCCCUACAUCCUCAAGAUGGAGACAGCAGAGUAUAAUGGCCAGAUCACCGGAGCCAGUCUAUAGUACACACCACACAUCUGCCAAGGAGCAACAGAAUCCUACCGGGACCGUUCACAUACAAAGAAAAGAAAAGUAGUGGUAUUUUGGUAUGUGCAAAUAUUUCCAUAUGUUAGCCGUUUCCUGUCUGGUUUCUUCUUAUCUGUUAAUCCCAGACAAUGGCAAUGAAAAGACUAGUAGGAUCCUUUCCUGACAUAAGAAAUGUUUUAAUGCCUUUUGAUGAAGCAGCAGAUUUUGGAGCAAUCUUUUAACUCAAUUUGUAUUUAGAAAUUCUCAAAGGGCAAAAAACAAAAAAAAAAAGGUUUUAUAACGUCAGAGACUAGUAUUAAAGAAAACUGAAAGAACCU